ACCACAACGUAACGCAUACGUUUCGAGCAACAAGUUUAUUUUAUUUUCAUAAACAAAGUUUGUUUAACACGAAAAAGCCUAGUUAAAGUGAUGUUUCAGGGUGCAUCUUGCGACCUCUGUUGAAUCCGAGACAGUGGGCAGCUGCAGAGCAGCGAAAGUGACCCGGAUCUUGGGAAAUCAGUGCAACUGGAGCAGCUUGAAAGGCACACGCCAACAAAUCGAGAUCGACAAUUGAGUUGACACCCAUUCCGCCAUGCAAAUCGAUGCAAAUGAGGCCUGAAUAAUGCUGCUCAGCGAGACCCACUUCUGGACGACGCUGCGGGAGGAGGUGCGCAUCAAGAACCAUGAUCUGGGAGCCUUUCGAUACCUCCGCCAGCGGGACAAGGAUCAGGAGCAGCAGGACCUCACCUGCCUGGCCAAGCGGGACUACACGGAGCGGCGCAAUGGACUGGCCGUCCUAAAGAAUUCGGGACGCAAGUCCACGGGUCGCCUGAAGGACAAUCUCAAGAAGCUGGAGGAUCUGCUGCGUCAGCACAGGAUCAUCCACUCUGAGUGGCAGGAUGCAGCGCAGGUGCUGCUCCUCUUCGCCCACGGCCUGAUCGCCCACAUCUGUGUGGACAUCUACACGGGCGACAUCCUGCGAAUGGUCUUCGAAAAGUACUUGGUUGGAAAACUCGCCUCCGAGGUCAUCACAGAUGCUUUUUUCACCCGUUCCCACAUCGUCUUGGCCUACAAUACCAACCAGCUGACGGUGGUGCAUCUGCAGAGGCCCAAUGCGCGGUCACAGGGGCCGGAGAAGAUCGCCAACAUGGAUCCGCGAAUCUUCCACGUGAUCAUACCGGGCGCCACGGAGCGCAAACUAUCCCGCCACCUCACAGUCAAUGGAAGCUUCGAUCUGUUCGUGGUAUGGACGCAGUCCUCCCAGAACGAGGUGUACCCCUGGAGGCCAACAAUAAGGGAUCAGGAUCGAGCCAACAUCCAUGUGUUCAAGAUUAAGGGUUUGCAGCUGGAAUCGAUUGCAUAUUGCUGGUCGGAGAACGAUCCCCUUUGCGUGGACUUCCUGCGGAGCAGCGAGAGCCAGAUAAUCACCCUGGAGCAGAAGGUUUCUCGCAAAGGUGACAUAAGCGCAGAAAUCUGUUCCUAUGAACUGGCUGCCGGCAAAAUGCAGCGCACCGCCAUUACCUCUAUUCCAAUGGGCGCCCAAAUCUGCUCGUUUGCCUUCAGUCCCGACCAGGAGAAGCUCUUCCUGGGCAGCAUCGAUCGGAAUAUUUGCCUUCACGACCUCGUCCAGCAGUCCACCAAGUACGCCAACCAGAUCGAGAUUGUGCCCAAUCAGUGCGCCUGGCACUGCGACUCCGCCAUGUUGUGUGUGGCCAACGAGCGGUCCGUUUUGCAGUGCUUUGAUCUGGCCCUGGCCACCAUUGGCCAUCAACUGGUCAGCGACAGUGUGACUCCGUCGAGCCUGUUGGACCUAUCCCACUACUUUGUGGCUCAGCCAACGCUACUGAGCGUUGCCUUUAGCCGGAAACCUGAUUUGAACACCUUUAAGCACACCUACGCCCAGACGGAUUGCCUGUUGUUGCUGAUCUACGAACAGGGACCUUUGGCCUGCAUGCGCAUCUUUGGCGGCACGGGAAUGCGUGGAGAUAUCCAUAACUCUGGACUCACCGCGGACGUCAUUGCGGACAAGUAUCUUCGACUGCAGCAGCCGGAUAGAGCAGUGAAUGUCCUGGCCGCCCUCAACUGGGAGACCUACGGAGCCAUGUGUCUGAUCACGCUGCACAAGAUAGCCAACUAUGUGUUCUUUGGCGGUGAUCAGCGUCGACCUCGAAUCGAGCUGAUGGCCAGAGCUCUCAAGACAUUCGCCAACACGCUUUCCGAGGAAACAAAGGAUGAGUUUAGCGAUCAGGUGUACGAUCUGAAGCGACGCUUUUGCUUCUACCUGCUUCGUAAAAACCUAUUUGCCGAGGCCUUUGAAAUUGCCCAUGAUGUGGCCGACUAUGACAUCUUCAUGGAUCUGUACAAUCUCACCAAGUGCAUCUCUAGCCUGAGCGAGUUCGCCCAGGUGGCCUUCAGUCAGGCAGCUGCCAUAAUUCAUGAGGAAGAUCGUGCCAACGGCAAUCUCAGCCUGACCUGUGACCUGCGCUCGGAAUCGGCCUGUUCGCUGUCCACCUGCUCGGAUUUAUUACGUGGUCAGGGCGUGGCGACAGGAACAGGAACAGGAUUGGGUGCGGGACAGCCUCAACAGGUCCUGAAGAACUACGUGCCACCGCUGCCCUCGUUCAAGUCGAAGGUUUUCAAUGCAGAGAUGAUCAAGAUUAAUAUACCCAAGCCUGAGCUGAGGCCACCCUUGCCAAAAGUUUCCAUAGCACCACCAAGCACUUCAUUGGCGAGUCUCUCCUUAAAGAGCAACAGUCUGCAGCAGGCGCCGGUGAAGAGCUUAAAUUCAAAUGGUAAUGUGUGGUCACAGGACGUGCCAGAUCAAACCGUGGGACUGCCAAUGGCCACUAGCCCGCUUCCCCGACUUGCGCCCCCAAACAUUCCAGAACAAAGUGUGCAGCUUGGCCAAUUCAACACGAUGCCAGCAUCUCCCCCACCGACAGCAGCAUAUCAGCCGAAGUUCUAUCAGCAUCCGCUGGUCUCUGGCAAUAUUCCCGCCAUGCUGCCCUCUGUGACCAGCGAGGAUUACCAGAAGCGCUUGCUGCUCAAAAAGCCCACUGCAUCCAUACUGUCUAAUCCGGCGAAUCCAGCUCCCACGAAUGGGGAGGCAGCCACGCCGCCUGCCAAGCCACAAACGGCCGAGAAGAACAAAGUCAAGUUCUCCGAUACAAUACAAGUGGCCGUGGUGCCGGAGAUUCCUCGCAAGGAGAAGCCCAUGCCGCCCAAGCGAAACGGCUACUCCAGACCGGCAGCACGCCAUCUGACCAAUCCGAAAAAGGAACUGGCCGACAGCCUGCCGCUUUGUCAUCCCAACGAUGAGUAUCUAAAGGAUUUCAAUCCGAUCACCACCAAUGUAACCAAACCGCCAAUCCGACGACGCGAGGAGGAACCCAAGCAGAGCAGCAGCAAGAGCGGCAACUCCUCGUCCAUCAAAGUGGUCCACUUCGGCGUGGUCUAAUAAUUCAUAGUGCAAUUCCUAAGUUUACAUUAUUUCGGUUAAGAUCUGCGUCUUCCAAUCGUUUACAACUAAUGCCGUCCCAGUUAGUGCAAAGCUUUAAAUAGGAAAGUUUUUAUUCAUAGGUUUUCUCUACACUUUACAGACAGGUUACUCAUUAAAGCUUAGCAUUAAAUGUUUGCCAAAUCA